CAUCGAUCGAACCAUAAUCGAUCACCCCAGAUCUCCUCAUCAUUUCUCCCAUAUCCCAGAGGAGGGAGCUGCAACCGGAAGAUGUCUACACCUCCAGGGGGGGACUUAACAGUGGUGGAUGACGCUAGAGUAAGCCAUCUAGCAUGUGUGUGCAUUCUCGCUAACUGUGUGCAGCGGCGGUCUCGCCAGUGCAGCGACAGAGCCUCGCUGGGAAGUGCCGGUUGCGGUGGUCUUGGUGACGACUACUGGAGCGGAGCAUAUUAUUGGUAUCGAUGGUCUGGAGGUCCUGCUGCAAGAAAUCAUCGGAGGAGGUGCAACGGUGCCUUUUAUUUUUAUUUCAUUAAGGGUAGUUUUGUCGGAUUACUUCUUUUUAGUCCUAUUUUUGUCAAAUAAAACAUAGGAGUCCUAUUUUUGCAAUUAUACCUUGUUUUAAUCCUAUUUGGGUAAAUCUCUCUAUUUUCAUCCAUCUACAUUUUUUGUUAGAACUUGCUUUAUUAAGAUGUUUCGUUGAUUUACAAAGUAAAUUCAACAGUUCUUCACUAUUUAUAUAAUUC